GCCACCACAUCUCUCAUCAAAGACCUCAACCUAUUCCCGCAAUGGCUAGUGAAAUGGUGCCAACUACAAGGGGCCAGCAAUUGCAGCCCAUACAGCCAAUUCAGCAAUUGCAGCCUGUGUCUCGCCCAAUGACUGAAAAUGUACCCACCACUAGGGGCCACCCAAUGACUCAAGCAACCCACGAAAUAGCUCCCAGUACCAGGGGUCAGCCAUCGACUACAGCUCGCCCUUACCUCGGUGAAUCACGCCCCCACUUUGGUGAAGGGCAGGCUCACCUUGGAGAAGGGCAGGCUCACCUUGGCGAAGCGCAGGCUCACCUUGGUGAAGUGCCUGCUGCUGUUAGGGGUCAUCCCCCCACAAAUGUGCCUGGUAUUUUGAAGACUCAACCAAAAACUGCAAUUGCACCUGCCGGCAGGAGCGGCCAUUUGACGAGGGAACGUCAUCUGUUCUCAAGUUCAGAUGAUAAUGCCAUGAUGAAGCAAAUUCUAGCCGCACAUGCUCCAGAUGGCCGUGAAUUUGAUGUAAAAGCUCUCGUCUUCAUCGUUGAGGAUAUCAUGCGCCGUGCUACAUUUCUUGGCGAAGGAGCACAAAGUCAAGCUCCUGCUGAUACGUGGGAGGAUAGGGCUAUUCACAGCGGUUACACUGACAUGCUAGAACUUUUAGCAUAUCCUAUCAACAAAACAAAUUCUGAGCUAAUCUGCAAGUGCAGUUCGGGAGGAGAUGCACAUUCAAUAACUAUGGCACUCUUCCAGACACUGUCAAGCUAUACUUGGGAGGCCAAGGUGGCAAUAGCCUUUGCGGCUUUUGCUGUGAGUUAUGGUGAGUUCUGGCUGGUUGCUCAGCUUUACACCACAAAUCCACUAGCCAAGUCAGUUGCAGUUCUUAAGGAACUUCCAGAAAUAAUGGCGCAUACUGAAGCCUUGAAGCAAAAGUUUGAGGCAGUUAAUAACCUCAUUAACGCAAUGCUGAAUGUGACUCAUUGCAUUGUUAAGUUCAAGGAGCUCCCUACACAGUACAUUAACCCUGAAUCACCUGAAAUGAUGUCUGCUGCUGCCCAUAUCCCCACAGCAGUUUACUGGACCGUUCGUAGCAUUGUUGCUUGUUCGUUUAUACUGCUGAACCUUAUAGCCCUUGGACACGAAUAUGUCGCCUCAGCUGCAGAGGCGUGGGAAUUGAAUAGCUUGGCUCAUAAGCUUGCCAGCAUAAAAGAGCACCUGGAAAGGCAAAUGGAUAUUAUAAACCGGAGAAUAGAGGAGAGGAGAGAAAAUGACGCAUUUCUAGCACUUGUUCGACUCUUUGAGACAACCCACAUUGACAACAUGAAGAUUCUUAAGGCUUUGAUAUAUGCCAAGGAGGACCAGCUGCCCCUCUUUGAUGGAACUCACAAGAGAAGAGCUAGCCUUGAUGUAUUGAGGAGGAAACAUGUAUUGCUACUCAUUUCAGACCUUGACAUGUCCCAUGAAGAGCUCUCAGUCCUCCAUCAGAUGUACUCUGAAUCAAGGCAACAGCCAACUAGGCCAGAGAGUCAGUACGAGGUUGUUUGGCUUCCAGUUAUUGACAGAUUAUUACCGUGGCAUGAUGCAACUGAUAAGCAGUUUCAGCUUGUCCAAACCUCAAUGCCAUGGUACUCAGUGGCUCACCCAAUGAUGCUUGACCCUGCUGUCAUCAGAUUCAUCAAGGAGAUCUGGGGCUUUAACAAGAAACCUCAGCUUGUUGUCCUGGAUCCACAGGGAAAAGACUCAAAUCGCAAUGCUUUGCACAUGAUGUGGAUUUGGGGUAGUUUAGCUUUCCCUUUCACUAAAGCAAAAGAAGAAGCACUGUGGAGGGAAGAAACCUGGAGGAUUGAUUUGUUGGCUGACUCCAUUGAUCCAAACCUUUUCCUUUGGGUAAAUGAAAACAGAUACAUAUGCUUGUAUGGUGGAGAGGACAUCGAAUGGAUCAGGAAAUUCACAAAUACUGUGCGGGGUGCUGCAAAUGCUGCAGGUAUCCGACUGGAGAUGCUCUAUGUAGGGAAAAGCAACCCCAAGGAAAGGGUGAGGAGAAACAAUUCCAUCAUCCAGUCUGAGAACCUGAGCCACAUUCUGCCUGACCUGACUCUGAUCUGGUUUUUCUGGGUGAGGCUGGAGAGCAUGUGGCACUCCAAGAAUCAACAUGGGAUGACAGUGGAGAAUGAUCCGAUAAUGCAAGAGAUUGUGACCAUGCUUAGCUUUGACGGAAGUGACCAGGGAUGGGCUGUCUUCAGCAGAGGUUCGCAUGAGAUGGCUAAAGGAAAAGCCGAAACAAUUUAUGAAUGCAUGAGCCAGUUUGAUCGGUGGAAGGACAAAGUUGUUUACCCCGAUGGCUUUGUGAUUGCGAUGAAUGACCAUCUUCGUGAGCUCCACACCCCCCAUCAUUGCAACCGCCUGAUAUUGCCCGGAACUACUGGGCAAAUUCCUGAGAGGGUGGUUUGUGCUGAAUGCGGCCGUCCCAUGGAGAGGUUCAUCAUGUACCGUUGCUGCAUCGAUUAAAUUCAGCAUUUGAGCUGAACCCAGGUCACGUUAGCUUUGGAGAACCAACAUUGAAUAAUAAUAACAAUAAUAAGCAAGCAGCUCUGCUUCUCCAAAGUCCAAACUAAACUACUACUACCAUAUAUUCAAAGAGUUUGCUAUUAUGCCGUGGUACUCCUAAGAAUAAAGCUGCUGUACUUUUUGCUUCCAUGGCUUUUCUGCCUCCUACGAUGACACUAAUAGUGCUGUGUGCUGUAAAAAUAUGAAAUAUUCCCAGUCGUGAAUAAACGAAACUUUUCGCUUAA